AUGGAUCCGAUUUGGAUGGCCAAUAAUACCGAUUUGCCUGAUUUGGCACUUUUGGACCGAAAUUGGCAAACAUUUCUAGUCAUAUUAUACACCACUACGGCUAUCAUAUCGUUGGCCAGUAAUAUAGUAACUAUUGUAGUGCUGGUUAAAGGGGAACGACUGUCAUCUGAGUUAUGGAAAUAUCUAAUCAAUCUAUCGGUUGCCGACAUAUCGAUGGCCGUAUUUUGUAUACCAUUUACAUAUACUAUGUUUAUGUUAGGCCAUUGGGUGUUCCCGGUCUGGUUGUGUCCGAUCGUACAGUUCACGCAAGUCUGCUCUGUCCUCAUCUCUGUAUAUACACUUACACUCAUCGGUAUUGAUAGAUAUUUUGCGAUAUUAUAUCCGUUUCAAACAUCAUCUUAUCUCAAAUCACAUAAACUAUGGCUGGUGUGCGCCAUAUGGAUGGUCAGUAUAGGUGUGGGAUUAAUACCGUACUAUAAGACUGAGGCCGUGAGGUUUGCCUACGGAAACGAUACAUAUUAUGACUGUCGGGAAGUUUGGGACGAAGAAAGUGGCAAAAAAUAUACACUUUUUAUAUUUAUUAUUACGUUUGCAUUGCCUAUAUUUAUCCUGACGUUUGUCUAUACAUCCAUUUGUUGUUAUAUUCUCCGACACAAUACUCCCGGCAAUCCCGACCGCGUUCGUGAUUUGGCCCAAUGGAAGCUCAAAAUUAAGGUGGUUAAGAUGUUGAUAACAAUAGUGAUACUGUUUGCUGUUUGUUGGCUACCGAUCCAUAUCUUUAAUAUAAUGGUUUGGUUUUUUCCGCCGACGAGUAUCAACACUUCGCGGACGCUUUACAUGACAUAUGUCUUCAGUUACUUCUUCUCACACUUUCUUUCAAUGAGCCAUUCAUUUAUUAAUCCGUUUGUUUACGGCUUUAUGAGCGAAAAUUUUAAGUCAAGUUUGAGACGACUUGUGACGAGAAUGUGGUCUAAACGCAAACAUAUGGACACAGAAUUGGAUAAAUACAGUGCUUCUCAUCAAACACAGGAAUUGACAUCUUUGAGGAUCAAUACCUUAUGAA